CAAUCCGGUGACGUCACAUGCUUAGCUAUUUCUUUCUCGUAGCGCUGCACUCGUAGCUUGACCAUUUCCUGUCCAAAAGACAUCUUUACCUCUCGAUACCUUCCAACUCAGCCUCCAAAAUCGGCUGGCCCCUCUUUUGAUGCCCUAGUCUUUAUUCUAGGCCCUGUGAUUCACGAAUUCCUCCACUCUUGAGGACAAGGGUUUAGGAUCAUUUCCUUGCAAGAUGUCUAACGCUAACGGAGUGGAGAUUGCGAAGAUGGAGAGGCCGAAAGGGUACAAACUUGGUCAUGAGAGGAAUGAGGGGGCAAAGUGUCUGAAAUGUGGAGAUAAAUGUGAAGGGCUUGAUCUGCAUUUCUGGAGAAAAAUCUGCAAGAACUGCAAGUGCAAGCAGGAGGAUCAUGACUUGUAUGAAGACAUUGCCAAUGAGCAUGAGGUUAAGAGUAGGUUAUUCAAGGAUUCAAAUGUAGCUCAUCUCAGAGACUACUUCAACAAGCUGACAGCGGCCAAUGACCAGCCCAAGACAGAGUUUGUGAAGAAGUUCACAUGGGUUCCGCCCGGCAUGAACCAGGGCAUUCUGGUGAAAUACAUGGAGUCUCUGCCCAAGGAACUUGUCCCCAUUGUUGGCUCUGAGGGUGCCAAGUACCGCCGCGCCCAGAUGGUGUAUCAGCUACCCAUCCAUGACCAUGACCCAAACUACUGCGACAACUUGUCUGAUGCUGAGAGACAGAAGAUGGAGGACUUCUGUGCUAUGAGAAACCAAGAUGCCCUUGGGGUUGGUGAUAUCCGUGAGAAAACGCAGGCUGCAUCCAAAUGGAACUGCUUCCGGUGCAGCAAACCCGUGAUGACAGGCGAGGUGGCAGUGUUUGCGUCACGUGCUGGUGAGGACAAGUGUUGGCAUCCUGGCUGCUUCGUCUGUACCGUGUGUAACAAUCUCCUUGUGGACCUCAUCUACUUCUACAAGGACGGUGUCAUCUACUGUGGCCGCCAUUACGCCGAGCAGUUCAAGCCCAGAUGCGCCGCUUGUGAUGAGCUCAUUUUCUCCGAGACGUACACUCAAGCCGAAGACCGCAACUGGCACCAGCGCCACUUCUGCUGCCUAGAGUGCGACCGUGAUCUCGGUGGCCAGCUGUACGUGGCGAGAGGUGGGCAGCCUCACUGCCUUGAAUGCUACGAUAAGUACUACGCGAAACACUGCAUGUCUUGCAAGAAGAACAUCGCCGCCGAUGCCAAGCGAAUUGAGCACCAGGGUCAGUUCUGGCACGCUACCAGCGAGUGCUUCCACUGCGCGAAGUGCAAUAAGGAUAUGCUAGGGAAACAGUUCCUUAAAACCAAGAACAACAUCUUCUGUUCGGUGGAUUGUGCGAAGAGCUAUUAGUUGGAGUGAUGGCUGGAGCCAUACGAGGACUCGUUCGUUAGUAGAAAGAUAGAAUAAUAUAUGGAGUUGUUUGUGUUAGUGUGCAUGAUGAUCCGUGGAAUAUAUCGCAUUCUCUCACA